CUCAGGGGAUCAGUAAAAGAUGGGAUAAACUCUAAUGUCAUACAGUAAAAUCACCCAUUAGAAGUGGUAACGAAAUGUGCACAAAAUCUGGGAGACCACUGUUUAGAAACAGCAGGGGACAAGAAUAUAUGAAUAUACUAAUAGACCACAGGAUAACCAUGGACUUGUUAAAUUUUGCAGUGGACUGUACUGUGGAGAUCCUUGAUCUUGUGGAAGUCUGGCACAGACCUGUACUUUAUUAAUCUGUUCCAGGAUCACUGUAGUGGGCCCCCACGUGUUCCUAUGUCUGGCACUUGGAAGGCAAAGCCAGCUCAGAUUCCUUUGCUCCAGUAGGGUUGGCUUGUCUACAAAUGUCGACCACCAGUACAGUGUGGCUAUAAAAAAGGCAAAUGCAAUCAGGUGUGAUAUUCCCUAGGAGAGUGAAAAGUACCAAUACAUAAGGCUUGGAGACUGCACGCCGCCUUCCAGCUGCGGUUGUGGUCACCUGUGUCUGUGAAGGGGAGUGAGAAAGACAAAACGCAGCCCUUUCAUAUUAUGUGUGCUAAAGUGGGAACAGGUGCAGAGGGAGAGGGGUAAGCUUUUCUUCGGAGCCUAGAAGAGCUCCUUAUCUCUAGGCUUGCAAAACGAGGUCUUUAAGGUGAAGCUUUUGAUAUCUAUAAAUACACCAAGAGGACUUCUAGAGCACCUCAGGAGACAUCCCAAGUGGAUAGCUGAACAAUGGCUGAACUCACCAUGGAGAAUGGCAGCUGCAUGGACUGGCAAAAGCGAUGUCUUGCGUUGGAGUCCCAGCUCUUCAAAUUCCGCUUGCAGGCAAGCAAGAUCCGAGAACUGUUAGCUGAGAAGAUGCAAGAAUUGGAGCAGAGAGUAAUGGAAGCAGAGCAAAGAGCUGAGGAUGCAGAGAAACAGGUCAGAAUUAUGGAAGAAGAGAUAAAACUAGCCAACAUGAAGACUGGUGAAUCAGACAGCACUCUGUACAGGAAAUACCAGGAGCUGUUGGGUACAGUGCAAGGAAAAGAAGACCUGAUUAACAGACUGGAGACUCAGCUAGCAAAACAGAAACAGCUGAGGACUGAGGAAGCCAAAAUUGUUCAAGAAAAAGCUGCCAAGAUCAAAGAGUGGGUAACAUUUAAGCUGAGAGAGCUUGAGCUAGAAAACUACCACCUGAAAAACUGUAAUCAGAGGCUGACGGAGCAAAUUGAAGCCCUUCAGGAUACACUGCAAGGUAUGACCAGCAUUUCUCCCUUUAAAUCUCUUUGGAGCUGUAAUUCUCUGAAGUCCAGAGCACCACAGGCUUCUUUACCUGAGAAGAUAGACCAGACAUCUAUGCUUCUCGCACCUGGUUUCAGGCAGGUAUGUCAAACAAGACCUACCAAACGUGUCUUCUCUACAACAAGCAUCGUCCUUGCCAAUGACACCUUCACUGAGGAUGGAGGGGAUAAAUCUCUGCUUUCUCAGAACACACUGAAGCUCAUGUCUGACCCAUCAAGCUGGAACCUCUCUGCAGAGAAAGACAUAUUUUCAACCAUAAGCUCUGAACACAGGUUAGGGUGCUCUGAUCCUGUGUCUCUGGACCCUCCAGCUGAGCCCACAAAAAUCCUUGAGGCUUUGACUUUCCGGUCUUCAUUAGAGGGAAACCAUCGCACUGUGAGCACCUUGCAACAAACGUCUUUGGAUGGAGUUGGCUCCUCUGAUGACCUGAGUGCCAGGUUCCGUUCCCACCACCUGGAUUCCACUUCCUCAGGAGAAAUAAUGAGCAUGCUUGAGGGCCCCCUCCAGACUGCUGGGCCACCCCUGGCCGUGUCAACGUCGGCUGUUACAGCAGGUUCCAUCUGUCCAGGGCGGGAAUGUGCCCUUGGAAGUAGUAUGACCUUUCCAAAAACACGGACUCCCAAUGCACCAAGAGAUAGUAUCCAACUAGCCAAGAGACAUUACAGCCAACCACAGUCAGGUGCUGGUUCUUUCCAUCGUGUAAUGAACUUAGAGGCUAGCACCUUCCAGCCCAUAACAGACUUCCCAGUCUGCCAUGGGCCAGUGGAGGAAACAGACAUUGAUGAUUAUAGGGUGCAGGAUAAGAUGGAGACGGAAGGUGGCCUGGUGAGGGAAGAAGCUGGAAUGUAUGAGAUCAAGCACUUAACUGCAAAGAGAGAAGCUGUGAGUUCUGAGGCUGGCAUACUUGAUCCAGGAGGUAAACCUCCCACACCACCGCUGCACAGAUUCCCGUCAUGGGAAAGUCGAAUCUAUGAUAUGGCCAAGUCUGGCAUGAGGCUGUCUGAAGCAGCCGCUGUGAACGAUGCUUCCAGCUGCUUUUCAAAUUUCUCACGUUCAGCUUCUGGGCCAUUUACCGGUCUCAUCCACAGAAACAUGGCAGUGCCAGUCUACACUACGCUGAAGGGGAAAGCCACACAGAUCAGCAACGUGCCUUUCUUAGAUGAGUCUUCAGGCUCUGAUGACGACUGUGGCUCCCAUGCCAGCUUCAGGAAUUCUACUGCUGGAUCUGAAAACAGGAAAGCUAGCAUGCCAGGCAGCCCUCGUGCAGUGAAAAGAGGUGUUUCUAUGUCCUCACUGAGCUCUGAGAGUGACUAUGCCAUCCCUCCUGAUGCCUACUCCUUGGAUGGGGACUAUUCAGAGCCAGAACAUAAGCUACAGCGGACAUCUUCCUAUUCCACUGAUGGUGGAAUCUGCACUGAAUCCAUGGAGAAAUCAGGUUACUUGCUGAAAAUGGGCAGUCAGGUGAAGAUGUGGAAGAGACGAUGGUUUGUUUUAAGAAAUGGACAAAUCAUGUACUACAAGUCUCCGAGCGAUGUUAUCCGCAAACCACAAGGGCAGAUGGAGCUGAAUUCCUCAUGCCAAAUUGUCAGAGGUGAAGGGUCCCAAACAUUCCAGCUCAUGACAGAGAAGAGAACCUACUUCCUGACAGCAGACUCUCCCAACAUCCUGGAGGAAUGGAUUCAUGUCCUACAGAGCAUCCUUAGAGUGCAAGUGACCAGUCCUGUUGGUGUUCCUCAUAGUGAUGCUAAACCUACUGUGAAAGGCUGGCUCACCAAGGUCAAGCAUGGUCACUCUAAGCUGGUCUGGUGUGCACUGAUUGGAAAAACUUUUUACUACUAUCGAAAUCAUGAGGAUAAGUGUCCCUUAGGACAUCUGCCUUUGCGUGAGUCCAAGGUGGAAGAAGUGGACCGUUCCUGUGACUCUGAUGAAGAUUAUGAAGCCACUGGUGGAGGACUUCUCUCAUCCCACUGCACUUUGGUGAUUCACCCACAAGACCAGAGUCCCACAUACUUACUCAUUCGCACAAAACAUGAGAAGAAUACCUGGCUGUACCAUCUGACAGUAGCAGCUGGUAGCAGUAAUGCCACAGUGGGAACAUCAUACGAACAACUCAUUGGAAAACUGUUGGAUGCAGAGGGAGACCCUAAUUCUCCUCUGUGGAAACAUCCUAUGUUGUGCUACAGUAAGGAUGGGUUGCACACAUCCCUCACCACCCUCCCAUCUGAGGCUCUGCAGACUGAAGCUCUGAAACUUUUCAAGUCCUGUCAGCUGUUCAUCAAUGUCUCCGUGGAAGCAUCCUCUGUUGAUUACCAUGUGUCACUUGCCCAGACAGCACUGCAGGUCUGCUUGACGCAUACUGAGCUGCAGAAUGAAAUCUACUGUCAGCUUGUUAAACAGACAAGUUGCCGACAGCCCCAGAACCACUCAGUCAUUCAGUGCUGGCAACUCCUGGCUUUAUGUGCUCCUCUGUUCCUGCCACAACAUCACUUCCUCUGGUACAUCAAACAGCACUUCCAGCGCCAUGCAGACCCCAGGAGUGAAAUAGGCAAGUAUGCCAUCUACUGCCAGAGAUCAGUGGACCGCACUGUGCAGACUGGCGAGCGGGAAGCCAAGCCGUCACGGAUGGAGAUCGUGUCCAUCCUGCUGAGAAAUCCCUACCACCACUCACUGCCCUUCAGCAUCCCGGUGCACUUUAUGAACGGAACCUACCAGGUUGUAGGUUUUGAUGGCUCCUCAACAGUUGACGAAUUCAUCCAGCGGCUGAAUCAGGAGACAGGAAUGAGAAAACCAUCCCACAUGGGAUUUUCUCUGUUCACAGAUGAUCCUUCUGGCAGGGAUUUGGAGCACUGUUUGCAGGGCAACAUGAAGAUCUGUGACGUCAUUUCUAAAUGGGAACAAGCCUUAAAAGAAUUGCACCCUGGGAAAUAUGAAGGUGGCACAAGAAUCGUGAAAUUGACCUAUAAGAACAGGCUGUAUUUUCGGAGCCAAGCCAAGGGUGAGACAGACCGGGAGCGGUUGCUGCUGGCCUUCCAAGUCAGCAAUGAAAUAGCCAGUGGAAGGUUUCCUGUUAAUAAGGAAUUAGCUCUGGAAAUGGUUGCUCUGAUGGCUCAGGUGGAAUAUGGGGAUUUGGAUCGACCAGGAUCUUCAAGCCCUGGGGGAACAUCACAAUCCAAAAUGCAGCAUCUUCUCCACCAGGUCUUAGAUAAAUUCUACCCCAAACGCUACAAGCAAAACAUUGCUCCUGAACAGCUCAGGCAACUGGCUGACAGGCUGGCGACAAAGUGGAUGGUGCUGCAGGGAUGCUCUCCACCGGAAUGUGUUCGAAUUUAUUUAACGGUGGCCCGCAAAUGGCCUCUCUUUGGAACCAAAAUGUUUGCUGCUAAGCCUAUUUUGCCUUCCUCCUUGGAAGACUGUCCAGUCUGGAUAGCUGUGAAUGAAGAUGGUAUCAGCAUACUGGAUUAUAACACUAUGCACUUGAAGCUUUCUUAUUCGUACUCUUCCGUGCUGACCUUUGGAGGCUGUCGAGAUGACUUCAUGAUUGUAGUCAGUCAAAUAAAAGAAAGGAGUUCUGGAAAAAACAGCACAGAAAAACUCCUUUUUGCAAUGGCAAUUCCAAAGAUUGUUGAAGCAACACUUCUUAUUGCCAGCUAUAUUAACUACCGUUCAACAGCUUCACUUCUACCCUCUACACAACCUUCCCGAAACGCAACACCUGCUAACAAGCUCUGGGAGACGGAAAGUCGGUGCUUUUUUCCUUCCAAGCCUCGAAGCACUAAGGGGCCCACCCUGCUCUGAGGGCUCAUUCCAAAUUACUUUGGAGAUUUUUUUGUUUAUGGAUUUUUCUUUUGUUUCUUUUUUUUUUUUUACACUACUGUGUACUGACUUGCAGACUGCUAUGAUUUUGCCAGUUGUACACCUUAUUUUAAUGCAGAUACUGAUUCUUUUUCCUUAAAAACAGACAAAGUUCCGUAGUGUGGGUAGAGGCAGUGUCCUUUCUCCUCAAAAGUGUUGAUCUUGGGGAUUGUGCAGGAGUUUCUUUUCCAUGCCACACUCCACCCAAGAUGCCACGCCUCAGGUCCUUUCCCUGCACAGUGCUCCAGUCGCACUGCAUCUCCUGCUCUUCCCUUGCACCCAUUCUUCUUCCAUCUCCUGCUGUUACAGCUUUGCUCACAAGCACAUACAGUUUGCAUUGAUCCAUUUUCAGCUUUGCACCUGCUUUUAGAUUGCUGCACUGCACCUUAUGCUUGGAACCUCAGUCCAGCUCUUAAACUCCUAGUGACCUCUUUUCCUCAUCACAGCACCUUUCAAUUAUUCCCACUAUUUCCAAUAAUCUUCUGCUUGCAUCAGUCACUAACUUGUUCACUCUUUACCUGCAUUAGACUGCAACCUCCGCAAGGCAGAUUUGAGUGGUGUAGGGUUGAAUUUGACUGCAGUGGGCUGAGCACACAGUCCUAUUAAAAUUAAAAACAGGUGGUUCGGGAUACUGUAGCAUGUGGCAUGAACCCUCUACAAGGAUGCAUCCUGCUGAUUAUUACCUGUAUAAGGAGUUGCCUAUCAAUUCCUCAUGAACUAGACACACACUGAAAAAUCUAUUACCAGAUUGUAAAGAUUAAUAAGACAUAGAUGGCCAAGUAGUUUAGACAUAACCAUGUCUAUGCUCUGGUUAUCAAUAGCUAUCAUAUUAUAGUUUUGACUGGUGUUUAAAUUCACUCCUGCCACUCAGAACAACUAUUAAGAUAACUAUUGUAGUUUCUGGAAAAAAAAAAAAAAAGCUCUCUGUAUUUAUGCAACUGCUUAACAUAACCAAGACAAUUUAUUUUUUCCUAAAGCUACAU